UGCGAGACCACUGCCGCCACGAAAUACUCCAUUGUCUUUCGCGCUGACAUGAUAAACCCUAAAACUUCAAGCAAGGGUUUUUAUCUUUUACCUUGAAAGUUACCCAAGGUCAAAGAAUUUAUUUGGCGGAGGUUGGGGUUUUUGUUCUCCAGAGAGGAGAAGCGAGCAUUUUGUUUUUGGCGGUGACGAUGAAGGCGCGCGACAUAGGUGCCGCCGACAACGCCACCAGAGCGAUCGCCAGCGACGGCGCCACGGAAACAUCAUCAGCAGUGAGGUAUGGAUCGUGAUUUCGCUGCGCCGGCUGCUGCUACUGCUCGGCGGAAUCGAUUCCAUCCAUGGCGCUGUCCGUGUGUGAGGAGUACCGCGCGCUCGUCGACAAGGCCUACAACAAGUUCUCGCGGCUGCGAGAUUUCCCUCCCUACGGCCAGAACAAGUGGGAUUUCUACUUCCGCAAGGCAUUCCAGGUGUACACCAAGCUGUGGAAAUUCCAGCAGGAUAAUCGCCAGAAGCUCGUCGAGGCAGGGCUCAAGCGCUGGGAGAUUGGCGAGAUUGCCUCUCGGAUCGGGCAGCUCUACUACAUCUACUAUCUCCGCACGAGCGAUGCUACUUUCGUGAAAGAGUCUUACAUCUUCUACGAGGCCAUUCUCAGCCGUGAGUAUUUCAAGGAACCAGGCAAGGAUAUAACGCUCGCGAAUAAGCAGCUCAGAUACUUCGCUCGAUUCAUUGUCAUAUGUUUGCUACUUAACAGGUGGGAUAUGGUGAAUCGCCUUGUCAGGCAACUCCAUAUCCUCGUCGAGGACUACUCGAGCUCUUUCCAGAAUAGUGAUGUCAAGGAAUGGAAAACCGUCACGCAGGAGAUUGUCCGUUUUCUAAAGGCCGAUUCCUUGGCUGAGCUGAGCAGGCCUAUUCGAUACAUCUCGGCUCUCGAUGGUCAAGUUUCCUCCUUUCCUAGUGUCUCCAAGUUGGAGGGACACAAAGCUCUGAGGCUCAAGAAUGCUGUUCUCGUGAGCUAUUUCCAUAAUGAGGUGAAGUUCAGCGAGCUGACACUGGACAACUUUAGAAUGCUUCAAUGUUUGGAAUGGGAGCCUAGCGGGUCUUUCUAUCGCAUGAAGUCCGCGACGGAUUCAAAUGCUGGAGGGUUGCUUGCUCAGGAUAUAGCUGAUCCGACUCUUCCUGCCAACCCUCACAAAUACAUUCUAUAUCGUCCCAACAUUCACCAGCUGCUUAUGGUUUUAGCUACUGCUUGUGAGGAAGUGCCUCCAGACUCUGCAGUAUUGCUGUAUCUGUCAGCUGCAGGAAGAUCCCGUGCUGGUUCCCAUGACAGGAGCGGUGUUUCUACUCAAUUUUCAAAGGAGGCUUCAAGCACAGACUCAUCCCCCGAUCGCUCCGACGCUCUUUUAGAAGAGACUCCUGUUUCUGCCGGCAGUCCUAGGCGACGAGUUGAUGGAUCGACUGGCUUAUCGCUUGGACGACGAGGAAGCAACGUCUAUCCAGGCGACUUGCUUCCAUUUACAAGGAGGCCGCUGUUUAUCAUCGUCGACAGUGACGCUAGCAACAUAUUUGAGUCCUUGUGCGGUGACGAAAGAGGCGAGCCAGUGGUGUUACUUCUUUCGCCAACCGCAAAGCCAUACACGGCAAAGCACCCAGGUGCAGGCAGCACCUUCACCUUUUUCCUCACUGCGCCUUUGCAAGCCCUUUGCCAAAUGACAAAUGUGCGUGUCACUGAGCUCCAGCAGGGAAGUUACGAGCAGGCCGAAAAGAUGGUGUCGAGCACACUACUGGAAUUGGGAAACUUGCUGGCUUCUUCCGGUAGCCUCAACGUUGCCUGGGGACGUGUCUUGGGUGAUCCAUUCCUUCGUCAGCUCCUUUUCCGAUUCGUGUUUGCUCGCGCUUGCUACUCUUUGCAUCGACUGUACGUAGGAAAGAGCGAGUAUUAUCCUCGAUGCUUGCCGCCGCUACCAGAGGAGGUACUGCCAAGAUCUAGAGUGGUAGAAUUGAGCGUUUUACAGGUCGCGAGAUUGUUGUGCGUCGCGGACCAAUUUAUUUUCUCGGAGAACGGCUCGUAAGAAGAAAAGUUGGAUUGAUGAUC